CACGGUCGGUAGCAGUAAAAUAAAAUUAACCGAAAACACUUUCAUGCUGCACUAUUCAACUAUUUUGUCUCAUUUUACGAAAGGUUCCCGACAGAGGACAGUAAUUCCUGCUCGUAUCGAGGCUUUGAUGUGAGUCUGCUGUCCGACCUCCGUUACUAACAUGAAGAAGAAGAGCUCAGAGAAGAAGCGCCAUGUGGUAGCCUGGGUCAACAAAGCGGAGUGGGACCAGGUUCUGGAGUAUCUCUACUCCAAGGACUCUUCUCUGCAGCGGUUCGCUCUGCAGAGGAUCUCAGCGUGGAGAGGCAGGUAUGCUAACAGCACCCCUGUGGCGGUGGACUGCACGGCGGACCUGGUGAGGUGCCAGGUGCUGGACCGGACCGGCCAGCUGAGCGGGGAUGACCUGGUUCUGCUGUACGGGGCGGCCCUGGUGAGGUUCGUUAAUCUGAUCACUGAACGACAGCAGGGCAGAGUGGCCCGUCCACUGAGGCGGCUGGCUGGGAACCUGAACAUACCAGAGUGGGUGGUCGACCUGAGGCACGACUUCACACAUCGGAAGCUCCCCACCUUGAAGUGGUGUCGAAAGGGCUGUAAGGUGGUUCUGGAGUGGCUCCAGCAGGAGUACUGGUCCAGGCAGCUGGGUGGAGGCCCUGGUGAUGACUGGGAAUCACAGUGGGACUGCGAGGAUGAAGAGGCUGAUCUGAAACUCCAAGAGGAUGAGCUCAUCGCAAGGCAGAAAGAAAUGGAAGCCUACAAGAAUGCUCGAUCUCUUCUGAUAUCUUAUGAAAAGGAGCAGUAUCAGGCUUUUGACGGGCUUCCUGAGGACCAGGAGAAGAGCUUUUGGCCGGGGCCUUUUGAAGACAUGAGCUGGUUGCUGGGUGAGAUCAAGCAGUUUGCUUUGGAGUCUUGUGAUUUGCUGAUUGAUGUGUUACUGGAAGAUGGAUUUCUGGUUCCUACUGUUGAGCAGCUGCAAACUUUAGGCUGUGACUCGUCUGACAGUGACUCAUCUGACAGUCCCUCUGAACCCAGACUCUCUCAAACCUUCCUGCGCUUUUGGCUCCCGCUGCUGAAGGUGCUGAACUCGCCAUCCUUUAUUCACCUCCUUCUGGAGAAGCUCUUUGUUGAACUGAAGCUGCUCACCAAAGAGCAGAAUAAUCACAGGGCUUUCUACAUUUCUGCUUGGACUUCAGAACUCAUCCUUUGCAACAGCAACAAAUUUGAGUACCAUUUUGAAACGAAGGUACAGAAGAAGGCCAGAAUGAAGGACAGGAUUUUUGUGAACCGCAUCCAGCUGAGGUGGCAGCAGCUGCUCUCUGCAUGCCUGGAUGCUCCCUGUAUCAGCACGCCUCACUUGCUCCAGCUAAUCCUGGAUGACAUGGAGCAUCCUCUGCCUCUGGAAACUCAACAGAGGCUGCUCCAGCUCUGCUCCAUCUACACACAGACUGCACACUCAGAACAGAACAUUUGUCCGGUGCAGAAACAGCAGCCCAUAUACACACUGGAGAGUUUGCAUGAGAAGCUGCAGCAUUCGCGUCGGCACAGCCAGCCCUGGCGCUCUGAGUCGGAGCUGGAGAGGAGUGAGUCCUCCCAGGAGAACAAAUGGGCAGAUGUUCAGGCUGAGAAAGCAAAGCUGCUCAGAGGUUCUCCGUGGCAGGUGUGCACUGACAAGGUUUUGUGGAAGAAAUUUCCUCUUGGAAAAGUCCCUGGACAGUCAGAUGACCCCUCCUGCCUCAUGGUGGAACAUUACUCAACAAUGACUGUCUUUGACCAGCCGGUGGAGCUGGAGAGCAACGCGACACGCAGCGUCCCGGGAGCCUCUGCACCAGCCAGGACAGCUGAAGGCCUCCUCUGGAACCACAGUGACAUUAACAAGCUGAAAUCUGGACUGCAGCUUUUUUGAGUCAUGUUUUAAUGCUGCGGAAUGUGUUGUGCUCCGUGUUGUUUUGACACAGACACAAAAUGUUCAAAAUGAUGUGAACUUACGGAAUAAAAAAUGUUGUUGAUUAAUCAACAUAAGGCAGCAACUACAUGUUUAUUUCAUUGUCAGUCACUUUGACAUUAAUGUCUCAGAAAAUUGUAAAACGUGCCCGUAAUUUGCCUCAUCAACAGUCUAAAAUGCAAAGAUAGUUGAUUUACCAUCAUAUCUGACAAAGAAGAGCUUCAAAUCCUCUCAUUUAUGAUGCUGGAAUUUUAGCAAAUUUUAGUCAGACUGAAGUUAAGCAGCUCUAGAUUGACACUAACGUUCUUUAUCUGAGUCAUUUGUCAAGUAUGAAUGCCAAAUGUUGACUGGUUCAAACCUUUUUAAAUGUGAGGAUUGGCUGCUUUUCUCUGUUGAAUCAACUGAAGAUUUUUUUUCUCUAAACAUUUCUUUUAAUAUUUAAAAUGUCAGGAAGUUGUAGAAAAAAAUUCCCCUUAUAAUCGUCAGUGCCCAAGGUGAACAGUUUCUUCACAGGAGUUGACAUUUUAUACACAAAACAAUUCAGUCUUCAGUAUUAAUUGGCAUUGAAGCUCCAAUGUAAAGCAGUUGUAAAAGCCUUAAUGUUGUAUGUUUUGUCUAUAAUAUUUUCAAUGAAACAACAGUGGAACUAGUGCAAGCACUUAACAUGUUCUUUACAUCAUCUUACACAUCACAUGGGAAGGUUUGAUGUGAGACAGAACUGGGAUGAGGUAACAAUAAUUAUUGUGAUAAUUCCAAUGGUGUAUUAAGAGUGCAGUCAGUGUUUUGUCUUUGGUCAUUGCAAAAUGUUUUGGAGAUUUGGAGGCCUCAGUAAAGAAGAUGCUGUACGCACAAGGUGGUUUUGUGUAAAUAAUUGGUUCUUUUGCGCACUUCUGUUCAAUAAAUAUUGUUUUUUUCUACUCAAA